AUGACCGAAGAACAGAAACCUCUUAUUCACCCCGUCGCUCCUCGUUUGAAAUCAGGUCCUAAAACUCCUCAUGUUGGGCCGCACAUACAUGCGUACCGCGACGCCCACAAGGAAACUGUGGGGCAUGAGUCGGAUAAAUGGUGGGCGCAUAAAGCUAGAGAAAUGCUGUACUGGGACCGCCCAUUCCACACAGUCAGAUCAGGGGGCUUCCAAACUGGAGAUAUCGUGUGGUUCCCAGAGGGUGGACUGAACGCAUCGUACAACUGCGUAGAUCGAUGGGCUUUCAAGCAUCCUGACAAGACCGCCAUCAUCUACGAAGCGGAUGAGCCCGGAGAGGGAAGGGAAAUCACUUACGCCGAGCUUCUCCGCGAAGUUAGCAGCAUCGCCAAUGUUCUCAAAUCGUUUGGUCUCAAGAAAGGCGAUACCGUCUCCGUUUACCUUCCUAUGACGUGGCAGGCAGUCGCAGUCUUCCUCGCCUGCGCGCGUAUCGGCGCCGUCCACUCGGUUGUAUUUGCCGGCUUCUCUGCUGAAUCUUUGCGCGAUCGCGUUCAAGAUUGUAGCUCACGCGUUGUCAUCACCUCAGAUGAGGGCAGGAGGGGUGGCAAACCAAUCGCAACCAAGGCGAUUGUCGAUGCUGCGCUGAGGGAGUGCCCUCUUGUUGAGCAUGUGCUAGUUCUGAAAAGGACGGGAGGUCAGGUCGGUUGGACGGAAGGGCGCGACAAGUGGUACCACGAGGAGAUCGCAAAGGUGCCAAACUACUGCCCACCUGAGAUCAUGGCGUCUGAGGACCCAUUGUUCAUCCUCUAUACAUCCGGAUCUACCGGCAAACCAAAGGGUGUCGUCCACACCACAGGAGGGUAUCUUCUUUGUGCAGCCCUCACUGUCAAAUACGUCUUUGAUGUCCACCCCGAUGACAAGUUCGGGUGCAUGGCUGACAUCGGUUGGAUCACUGGUCACACAUAUAUUGUGUACGGACCUCUCGCCAAUGGAGUUACUACCACGGUGUUUGAAUCCACCCCCGUAUACCCCACCCCAUCCCGCUAUUGGCAGACAGUUGAAAAGCACAAACUCACUCAAUUCUACACUGCGCCCACUGCCAUCCGUCUUCUGCGACGCCUUGGCGCUCACCAUGUCGAGAACCACGACCUCAGCAGCCUGCGCGUCCUUGGCAGCGUGGGCGAGCCCAUCAACCCAGAGGCGUGGGAUUGGUACAACGAACACGUCGGUAAGAGGCAGUGCGCGGUUGUGGAUACCUUCUGGCAAACGGAGACUGGGUCGAUCGUCGUCACACCGUUCCCUGGUGCUAUCGAGACCAAGCCCGGCUCCGCGACUGUCCCCUUCUUCGGCAUUGAGCCUGCCAUUCUUGAUCCCAUUACAGGCAAGGAGUUGGAAGGUAAUAACGUUGAAGGUGUUCUUGUCCUCAAGACGCCGUGGCCAUCCAUUGCCCGUACUAUCUACAAAGACCAUAAACGCUACCUCGAAACCUACAUGAAUCCAUACCCUGGUACCUUUUAUACUGGAGAUGCAGCGGCGCGUGAUGAGCACGGAUACAUCUGGAUCAAGGGCAGAGUUGACGACGUUAUCAACGUAGCUGGCCAUCGUUUGUCUACUGCCGAGAUUGAGUCGGCGCUUAUCAUGCACAAGGGAGUUGCUGAAACUGCUGUCAUCGGAACCACUGACGAAGUAACUGGACAAGCCGUUUCCGCCUUCGUUACCUUGAAACCUGAAUACGCAUACGAUCCCAACGACGAAUCCGGCUUGGUCAAGGAGCUCGUGCUCCAAGUGCGCAAGGUAAUUGGACCGUUCGCGGCUCCGAAGAAGGUUUAUAUCGUGAGCGACCUGCCCAAGACGCGUUCCGGAAAGAUCAUGCGGAGGAUUAUGAGGAAGGUUGUCGCGGGAGAGGGUGACCAGCUUGGUGAUCUUAGCACUGUCGCUGAGCCUGCUACGGUGGAGGUCAUUAAGAAGAGGGUGGCAGGAUUGUAA